CUUGAUCUCGGCAGAUUUAUCUUAAAGCAGUUCUUCAUGCAAGCAAUGUCGUUUAAGGGCUUCUUGAACCCAACAUGAACGCCCAGCCCACAAAUGGUUCUAUCGCAUGACGAGCAGCUCAAGCUCAAACGGACCGUCACCUUGAAGGAGAUACCUCACUGGAAGGUUGACAGCCUAUACAUUCUUACCGGGUACCGAAGGCCGCAAGAGAGUUGGAGAGGAUGUUUACAAUCCAUCUACGCUUUUGUGCAUAAUGAAACCGGGAACAUACACACCCACUUAUGGGGCGGAAUACUCUUUCUUUAUUUCUUGUUCACGGCGGACCCUUCAAAACUCACAUCUGGCCCAACAACAUGGGUGGACUCGGCAGUCUUCUCCGUUUUCUUCGCCUCAGCUAUUUUUUGUCUGCUGUCCAGCGCGGCAUUCCAUACGCUGCUCGCACAUCAUUCCCGAGAAGUUGUAUCAUGUUGCAACGCCUUUGACUAUGUCGGAAUAAUUGUUCUCACCGACGGAUCCUUCUACCCAUUGCUCUACUACGGAUUCUUUUGUGAACCAAAGACUCUGGCGCUGUACGCCUCAACCACUGUAUUUCUCGGCUCUGCCACCGCCUUUGUUGUCGUUGAUCCCAAAUAUGCGGAACCAACUCACAUAGCUUAGUAUACGCACCGCAAUCUUUUUUGGGUUGGGUCUAUUUUCAAUAGUUCCAGUUUUCCACUGGCUUAUCAUUUAUGGACCGACAACAACGCUCACGGAAAUGGGUGUCAAAUGGUUUAUCUUGUCCACGUCCUUUUACGCCGGAGGUGCUCUCCUGUACGCGAACCGGAUCCCAGAACGUUUCAAUCCCGGUGCUUACGACUACCUCUUUAACUCCCAUCAGAUCUUCCACGUCUGCGUGGUUACGGCUGUCUACUU